ACAUGGCAGUACCUCCUGGGAGAGCUGUGGUAUUUGUCACUGGAAACAUGAAAAAAUUAGAAGAGGUUAUUCAAAUCCUAGGCGACAAAUUUCCAUACAAGCUCAUUUCUAAGAAGAUUGAUUUACCAGAGUACCAAGGGGAGCCGGAUGAAAUCUCCAUACAUAAAUGUCGGGAAGCAGCGAUACAGGUAGAUGGACCUGUUCUUGUGGAGGACACCUGUCUCUGUUUCAGGGCCCUGGGGGGUUUACCUGGGCCUUAUAUAAAAUGGUUCCUGGAUAAACUGAAACCAGAAGGACUGUAUAAACUGUUAGCAGGCUUUGAGGAUAAGUCUGCCUGGGCCCUGUGCACCUUUGCCUUCUGUGCGGGGAAGGAAGAGCCAGUGCAGCUCUUCAGAGGGAUUACUGAGGGGCGUAUUGUGGAACCGAGAGGACCAAGGGAUUUUGGCUGGGACCCCUGUUUUCAGCCUGAUGGCUAUGAUAAAACAUACGCAGAGCUUCCAAAAGAGGAGAAGAACAGGAUCUCCCACCGAUACCGCGCUCUGGCGGCCAUGUCAGAACAUUUUUCUCAGCUGAACAACGCACCCGAGACCAAGAAGCUGAAGCUGGAUGACUGAUCUCUGGGUUUUGUCAAAUAGCAUCCAGUUCUUCAGCUGGUCUCGUGCUCCAGAGACAUGUUGAUCGUUAACAGUUUGAACGCUGUCUUUGUCCAGUUCU